GCCACGUCCACCCGUUUUUAUUUCUACUCCGACAUUUCUUCCUUGACAUCGAUUCCUCCUUCUUCAUUCAUACUUUUUCUUUUCCAGUCUUCCAAUCUUCUUCUCAUUAUACCCCGUUGUUCGUGAUACCAUUCCAGCUUUCACAAUGUCUUCUUCUCUUGAGCAGCUCAAGGCCACUGGCACUGUCGUCGUCUGCGACUCUGGUGACUUUGCCACCAUCGGCAAGUAUAAGCCCCAGGAUGCCACCACCAACCCCUCUUUGAUCCUGGCCGCUUCCAAGAAGCCCGAGUACGCCGCCCUUAUCGACGCCGCUGUCGAUUACGGCAAGCAGCACGGCAGCACUGUCGACGAGAAGGUCGAUGCCACCCUUGACCGUCUCCUGGUUGAGUUCGGCAAGAAGAUCCUUGAGAUCAUCCCCGGAAAGGUCUCCACUGAGGUUGAUGCUCGCUUCUCUUUCGACACCCAGGCCUCCAUCGACAAGGCCCUUCACCUCAUCAAGCUCUACGAGGAGAACGGUAUCUCCAAGGACCGUAUCCUGAUUAAGAUUGCCUCCACCUGGGAGGGUAUCAAGGCCGCUCAGGUUCUCCAGCGUGACCACGGCAUCAGCUGCAACUUGACCCUCAUGUUCUCCACCGUCCAGGCCAUCGCUGCUGCCGAGGCCGGUGCCUACCUCAUCUCUCCUUUCGUUGGCCGUAUCCUUGACUGGUACAAGGCUGCUCACAAGCGUGACUACUCUGCCGAGGAGGACCCCGGUGUCAAGUCUGUUCAGAACAUUUUCAACUACUACAAGAAGCACGGCUACAACACCAUCGUCAUGGGUGCUUCCUUCCGUAACACUGGUGAGAUCACUGAGCUUGCUGGCUGUGACUACCUGACCAUCUCCCCCAACCUCCUCGAGGAUCUCUACAACUCUACCGCCGCUGUCCCCAAGAAGCUCGACGCCGCCAGCGCUGCCGGCCUUGACAUCCCCAAGAAGACCUACAUCAACGACGAGGCUCUGUUCCGCUUCGAUUUCAACGAGGAGGCCAUGGCCGUCGAGAAGCUCCGUGAGGGUAUCUCCAAAUUCGCGGCCGAUGCCGUGACCCUGAAGGACAUCCUCAAGCAGAAGGUCCAGGCCUAAAGGGAGACUGUCACUUGCAUUAAUUAAAGUUAUGUCCAUGCAAUGUCCUCAUGUAAAAAUUGGCGACCUACAAAAUUGGUUUAGUAGAUACGAUUCAUGAAUGAGUUAUCUUUCACUUUUUCCUCUUACCCCACAUGUGGCUACAUAUUGCGGACUGCCUUAAAAAUAUUGCUUGAUCGGGUUCGUAAUUGGAAAUCCAGCUGUAGGAAAGCAACAAGCAAGCUACAAGACGGGAGACUGGACUUGGUGUCGAUCUAGAGCUAUCGGAACCGGAAGUGGGAACGGGGCAGUUGUCAUUUGUCAAGCUCAAUUGCGUGCUGGAGGAAAACUGAUACAAGGGGCCUAGCCGAGGCAAGCACGGAAGGAACUUGGUUUAAAGCUGAGCAGCAUUGUACUAUCGGUUGCUACCCACCUAAAAAUUCACAGUUGCAAUUCAACAUCUGCAUGAAUCGUAGCUUCCUCGACACCGCUGGUCUGCAUUAGUAGCGCAUCUCCCUGCAUGGUGGGGUCGUACGGAUGGUUGUGUUGGGGAACCGGAACAAAGUAGAGCCACAGCUAUUAGUAGGAUUUCGUGUCACUACUACUACUGCUGCUGCUACUAUAGUAGUACAGAGUACAGAGUACAGAGUACAGGAAAGAAAGGAGAGUGUAAAUGUAAUGAAUGGCUUCGCC